AAGAUGAAUCAUUCACAACAAAACGGUUUAAAGCAACCACGCGCUAUUUGUUGGUUAAAUAUUUAAAUUAAUUUGAAAAAAAUAGCUCUGUGUGUAAUUGUGAAGUUGUUAUAAAGCAUUAUUUUGUGUUUUUUGCAGAUCAUCAAGAUGCUGUGGGAGAUAGCAGCGUGUGCUAUUAUUAUUUAUUUAAUAAAACAUUUUUUCUUCUCAAAUGUCAAUCCAUCCAUGGACAAGUUACCUGGACCUCCAAGGAAGUUUAUAUUUGGCUCAGCUUUGGAAUUUGUUGGAUAUACACAAACUGAAAUGUUUGAAAAGAUUAUUGCAUUUCCAAAGUUAUACGGUAACCGCAUUGGUAUAAAAGUAUUCAAUCGCUAUAUUCUGCACGUUUACACUCCAAAAGAUAUAGAAGUGGUUUUAUCACAUUCGAGAAAUAUUACAAAGAAUAUAACUUAUGAAUUUAUGAAACCUUGGCUUGGAACAGGACUUCUUUUAAGUACAGGAGCGAAAUGGCAUAAGAGGAGGAAGAUCUUAACUCCCGCUUUCCACUUCGAGAUUUUGAAGAACUUCGCAAAGGUGUUUGAGGAAGAAAGCAGAAAUAUGGUGAAUGAUAUCAAUUGUAGACUGCAACGUGGUGCAGAUGUUCUAGAUGUGAUGCCCUUUUUGAGCGAUUAUACCCUCUAUGCUAUCUGUGAAACGGCCAUGGGUACAAAACUCAGCUCAGGCGAUUCACAGGCGAAAUUAGAUUAUAAAAAAUCAACUUUAUCUAUCGGAUCUCUUAUAAUGCAGCGACUUACACGAUUUUGGCUUCAUUUUGACUUCACAUUCUACCUAUCAUCGCUUGGAAAGGAAUUCAAGAAAUGUCUUAAAGAUAACUUUGCAUUUACGGAUAGUGUUAUUGAUGAAAGAAGACAACAAAAGGCAAACUUUACUAAAGAAUUAAAAGAGACCGAUGGAAAGAAGAGAUUAGCGCUCCUAGAUCUCCUAUUGGAGGCAGAGGGUAAAGGGGAGAUGGAUUUAGAGGGAAUAAGAGAAGAAGUAAACACGUUUAUGUUUGAGGGUCACGACACAACUGCAAUGGCGUUGACAUUUGGUCUCAUGUUGCUUGCUGAACAUAGAAAUGUACAGGAUUUAAUAUUUGAAGAGUGCAUAAGUAUAUUCGGUGAUUCGGAUAGAACAGCCACAACUGCUGAUCUGGCAGAGAUGAAAUACCUAGAGGCUACAAUCAAAGAGAUUCUAAGACUGUACCCUAGUGUGCCAUUCAUAGGACGAUUGAUUACAGAGGACUUUUAUUUAGAUGAAACACAUGUGACUAAGGGAACGCAGGUCGUUGUACAUAUCUACGGCGUGCAUAGGAAUGAGAAAUAUUUCCCAGAACCGGAAAUCUUUCGGCCCGAGAGGUUCCUUAUGAAUGGCGACAAGACACACUUCUCAUACAUACCCUUCAGUGCUGGUCCUAGGAAUUGUAUAGGACAGCGUUUCGCAAUGCAAGAAAUGAAGUACAUGUUGAGCGACAUUAUCCGUCACUUUAUAUUGACACCAGACAAGAAGGGAUUUAGACCCAAACUAAAAACUGAUUUAGUUCUGCGUUCAAGCGAACCUAUUUAUGUUAAAUUCUCAUCGCGUUAGUACUGUUAUACUAUGUUACAUAUUAUCUGUGUAUGAAAUGGUUAAAUAAAUUAUUUAUAAAAAUG